AAACCAAAUUUACCUACUGUUUUUAAAAAACUUUUGUAACAUAAAGUUUGUCAACUUUCUUGUUCGUCUAAGAGAGAUAUAAUUUCAGUUUAACCAAUCAGAAAACAAGAACCAAAUUAACAAAAGGAAAAUACGGAACAUGGGAUGAGAAAAUGUUAAUGAUUAAAUUAACAUAAAACUCUUUAAGUUAAUUUGACAUUUACAGCUGUCUUAGUCUCUAUUAUUUCCUUUUCUUAAUGUUACAUUGUAAGAAAACGGAAACUCAUUCCUUGUUAAAUACCCACUACUCAUGCAACGCAACAACACAAAUUAAAGAAACAUAGCACUGACUAUUCCUACAAUUUGCGCCUCUGUUUAAAGUUCUACAUUGUCUUUCUCUUUGCUUCCUUCACAAUCCAACUCUCGGAUAUGUUUCUAGUAUCCUCUGCUAUUCCAAUGGACGUUGCAAAGUCAGAGACUUUAAACACAAACGAUUCUUACUUACCUGUCAAGAAACGUAUGAGACUUAACGAACCACCCACCACCGACAAAGCACUAGUUUCCGCAUCAGACAAUACAAAGUACAAGGGAGUUGUUCAGCAUCAGAACGGUCACUGGGGUGCUCAGAUUUACGUAGACCACAAACGGAUAUGGCUCGGGACUUUCAAAUCAGCUGCUGAAGCCGCCAUGUCUUAUGACAGCGCAUCCAUCAAGCUUCGAACUUUCGACGCAAACUCGCAAAGAAACUUCCCAUGGUCUGAUUUAACGGUCCACGAACCGGUGUUUCAAAAAGGCUACACAACAGAAGCCGUGCUGAACAUGAUCAAAGACGGUUCUUACCAACGCGAGUUCAAAGAGUUUCUCAAAAACCGUUCUCAGGUUGUCAUGGGAUCAAAACAGAACCGAAGAGAUGAAGAAUCCAACAAGCAGUUCUCAUGCACGCAGCUUUUUCAGAAGGAACUGACACCGAGUGAUGUCGGGAAACUUAACCGUCUUGUGAUACCGAAGAAGUAUGCGGUGAAGUAUUUACCUUUCAUAAGCGAAAGAGAACAGGGCGAAAUAGUAGAAGAUGUUGAGGUUGUGUUUUAUGACAGAGAGAUGAGACAAUGGAAGUUUAGGUAUUGUUACUGGACAAGUAGCCAGAGCUUUGUCCUUACCAGAGGAUGGAUUGGUUUCGUUAAGGAGAAGAGACUCAAGGAGAAAGAUGUUAUCACUUUUUACACUUGUGAUGUUCCUACAUUAGAAGGUCAGAGCAAAAAGUUCUUGAUGAUUGAUGUUCAUUGCUUUUCAGACAACGACUCAGCGGUCACUGAUGAGGAAGUAAACAAGACAGUUCAUAACAGCUUUGAUGAUGUAAUGAAACCAGAGAUUAACUCGAAGUUAGGAGGUGAAGAAGAAGCCAAACCAGAGGAGAACAAAGGAGGUUUUAUGUUGUUUGGUGUUAGGAUCCAAUAGUUCAAAGAAUAUAUAUAUAUAUAUAUAUAUAUAUCUGUAAUCGAAAAUAAUAGAUUUUAAAAAUUGGAAAGAAAAUAAAAUUAUGCGAAAAUAAUAUAUUUUAAAUUUAAUAGACUCAAAUCUUAAUUUUCAAAAUAACAAAAAGGUUUCUAAAACCCCAAGCUUAUUCUUUCUUUUAUCUUCUCUAUCACUUCAAGACACCAAAUAAUGCAAACCACUAAAGCAUCUAUUAAAAAAAAGUCACAGCUUAACACACAAAUGUUAAUUAUCAGGUAAUUCACUACUUAAAGUACCUUUACGGGUGUUCCAAAAAAAAAAAGUACCUUUAUGUCACACACUAUCCAAAACACAAUUAUCUUUCUAGCAAAGUCUAGGAUCCCAACAAGUGUUUGCUAUGAACCCAGCUGCUAUAGCCGGAUUAGUGAUUACCAGGGCCGAUGCAGGUGGGGUUGGAACUUGGAACUGGUUGUGGCAUUACCGCUGAAACGGAGGGCUGUGUGAAUCCUGGGCCAUGCUUGUUGAAAUCAUCAAGUAUAUAUACUCUGCUGAUCCGCUUUCUUAAGGCCCUGCAUCAACACAACAAAACGGUUCAGAGAUAGUUGCCAGUGACAUCCAAACUGUUGUAUAAACAUAUAGACAAUACUGUCUACUGAACUUCCGCUUCAAGCCAAUUGUUUGUCAAUUGUUUGUAAGAUAAUCUAAGUAUGAAAGCGUAUUAAGAAAAGACAAAAACACCUUAAGUUCCAAGAUGUGCUGAAACUCCAUGAGUUUCAUGGCUUGCGUAUCAAGUAACAUCUGUGAAACAAAAGGACAAAGAAUUCAUGUUCCAACUCUUAACAGCUGAAAAAUGACGGCUACGAAACAUAUAACAUGGGAGAUGGAUCUCAUGCAGAUACAUUUUUUUCUCAAAGCAUAAGGAUUUUCAUAAUUGAAUAAUUCAACAGUAACAAAAGCAAGGAAGCUGAAAGAGAAAGUGAUAUAACUAGAUUGAGUUUAGCACUAGCCUCUGGAUACACCUGAUAAACUAGGUAACAGACCUUUUCACAUGGUGCUUCGACUAGCUUCUGAUUUCUUUAGAUUUAUAAAUAUUAUUAUUUAAUUAUAAGUAUUUUAAAAAUACGGAAAAUCCAAUCGAACCCAAUCCAACCCAAUCCAAACCCAAAUGGAUUGAGCGGUUUAUGGAUCAUGAGGAUUAAGUUAAUCCAACUCAUUAACUAAAUGGAUUGGGUUAAACCAUAACCCAUUUAAAUUAAUGAGUUAAUGGUUUUAUUGGGUUGACUCAUUAACAAUACUAUUAAUAAACAUAAUUUAAAAAUAUUUACUAUAUCACAAUAAGUUUACCAUAAACUUACUAACAUUUAAUAAUUAAAAAUGCUAAUAAAAAAAAAUGCUAAUCGAAGAUUAGCAAAUUAUAUAAUUUUCUUUUCUCAAGUUAUAUAAUAUAGCUCAUCAAAAUAUUUUAAAUAACAGAAAAUCAAAUGUCUAGCAAGAAAAACAAGAUUGCCUCUCUAGUCUCCACCAUUACACAUUAACAAGAACUCUGGUCGUUUGAUAAUAGAACACAAACAAAAGUCUCUAAUUCCAAUCGAGCCACUUCAUCGUUCACUUCUCUUGUUAUGCAUGCCCAUUGUUU